AUGCCUGUUCCUGAUCCAAGUUCUGGUCGCAAAUUCAUAUGGCUUAUAGCAUGUUUUUUGUUCAUUUCUUUAAUAGCAGGAGGUGUAUGCCUUGUUGCAUACAUGUACCUUCCUGAAUCUGAAACUUCGUCAUGGGUACCUGUUGUCGGUGUCGGAUUGGUUUGUUUACCAUGGGCUUUUUGGUUUUUCACAUGUUUAUAUAGAAUUUUCUCAAGGUGUUUAGGAUGUAGAGUUGGGAUGAUGGGCGGCGGUGGAGGAGGAGGAAGCUGGGGUGGUUCAAAUCAACCUAGGAAUGCAGAUGUUGAGGUUGCAGCGCAAUCAACAAAAGGUGGUAGUGGUGGUGGUGAGUUGAAUAGGGCUUCUUCUAUUGCAUCAAAUGAAAGUGAAAUGGCAUUGGCAAAAUCUAUGAGCUCGUGA